AUGUCCAAGUGUAACUUCACCACCCUGAAUGACAAGCAGAUCAAGGAGGUGCAGGCUUCCACCACUGUGCUCUACGUACCCAUCCUCUACAUAAUUGCCUUCACUCUGGGCCUCCCAGCUAACCUCCUGGCCCUGUGGGUCCUUCUGUUCCGUACCAAGAAGCUGCCCUCCACCAUCCUCCUCAUCAACCUCACCGCCACCGACCUCAUGAUACUGAUGGUGCUCCCUUUCCGCAUCGUCUACCACUUACAGGGCAACGACUGGGCCUUUGGUGAGCCAUUCUGCCGCGUGGUCACGGCGCUCUUCUACGGCAACAUGUAUGGCUCGGUGCUGUGUCUGGCAUUCAUCGCUGUGGACCGCUACGUGGCUUUGGUGCACCCGUUCGGUGCCAAGACCCUCCGCAGCCGCCGCACCUCUUUCUACAUGAGCCUAUGCGUGUGGGUGGCGGUGUUGGCUGCCAUGCUGCCUCUCCUCAUCUCACGCCAGUCCUACACACUGGAUGAGCCGCGCAUCACCACCUGCCACGACGCGCUGCCUGAGAAGAUGCACGAGAACUACUUCCUGCCCUACUUCCUCACACUCUUUUUUCUCGGCUUCCUGCUCCCCCUUUUGGUCGUCCUCUACUGCUACGUCUCUGUGAUACGCACCCUGGUGGCAGGAGGCCAGCGCUACGCCCACGCAAUGCACGUCACCAUGUUGGUCCUGGUGGUGUUCGUGGGCUGCCUGCUGCCCAGCAACGUCCUCCUCCUCCUGCACUACUCAGACUCCUAUCUGGUGGACAAUGGGGAGGAUCUGUAUGUGCCCUACAUGGUUAGCCUAGCCGUUAGCACGUUGAAUAGCUGCAUCGACCCCUUCAUCUUCUACUACAUCUCUGACGACUUCAGGGACAAGGUCAUGAUGGUGCUGUGUUGCCGCGGCAACAACGGGAGAGACUCGACCACGGGGAAUCAGGUGCCCUAUUCGUCCUCCUUACAGGGGACGCAAAGGUCAAAGGUCACACUGCUAUCCAUGUCUAGUCAGAGGCCGGGGACGUCAGAGGGGGAGGCAGCAUGA